AUGGAUGUAGCUGAAAGAUUUGAACAUGUCAAGCGAUUGGGGCUAUGCAUCAACUGCAUGUCCAAUAAACAUCAGCUCGCUCGCUAUUCAUCUACGCAUAAUUAUAAAGUUUGCGGGAAGAAGCAUCACAGCCUCCUGCAUCGUGUUACUACAACGAUCACGUCAAAAAAUGAUUUUACCGGCACUGAUACUACGACCGCUACACAUACGCACAUGGAAAAAUCGCCAAAGGAUCAAGUCAUCCGUGCCACCGCACUUGUACUUGUCAAAGAUGCAUCAGGGUCAUAUCAGGUUGGUCGAGCUUUAUCAUGCUCAUGCUCACAAUUGAACUUCGUAACUACCGAAUUCUCACAGCGGCUUCGUUUACGUCGUCAACGCCAGUCAGUCGAGAUUCUAAGCAUAGGAAAUGUCCAGGCUUCAACGAGUUACAAAACAGUCACUACAACUAAGUCCCAACAUACAAAUUCCGAAUGGAAUCUACCAGCCAAUAGCAAACUUGCAGAUGAGCAAUUCUUCAGAACAAGUAGGAUAGACUUGCUUAUUAGAGCCGAAGUAUUAUUCGAUAUUUUGCCAGUCGGACAAAUCAAGUUGGGCGAUGACAUGCCAGUUGUCCAAAAAACUUUACUCGGGUGGAUCGUGACCGGUAAAUACAAGGAACGACCAUCAAAGCAUGUCUUGUCAUCACCGCGUACGUGCCUUCUGUCAAUGGAGGAAGUACUCAACGAAAAUUUAGAAAAAUUGUGGAAAAUGUACGAAGUCGAACGGCAUGCCAGCAAGUGGUCGAACGAAAACGCGUACAUUAGCACUGUAAGACGCAACGCUGACGGUAGAAUUGUAGUGCGGUUGCCGCUUAAAGAUGAUUCCAGCAGGCUUGGUUUGUCACAUGCUACGGCACUCAAACGGUUUAUAGCUCCGGAACGACGGCUUAGGCAUCAGCCUGAUCUGAAAUUACAGUACGUGAGCUUUAUGCGUGAGUACGAAAGCCUUGGGCAUAUGUCGGUAGUAAAGAACCCUAAUUAUAAUGCACCGCAUUACUACAUUUCUCACCAUUGUAUUUUGAAGCCUUCUAGUACUACAACAAAGUUGCGCGUUGUGUUUGAUGCGUCUUGCCAGACAACGUCGCUCAAAUCAUUAAACGACCUAAUGUUUGUUGGUCUAUCAAUGCAGACCGAUUCAGAUCGCCAUGCCUUGACUGCGGAUAUAAUAAAAAUCGGACAAGAUCGCUGCCUGCAGUACAUAGUGUGGAGAAACAGCGAAGAGGAGGAAAUUCGUACGUACGAAUUAAACACUGUCACGUAUGGUACUGCUGUUGCGCCGUAUCUGGCCAUACGUAGCCUUAACUUCAUUGCCGACGAUUACGCAUAUGAAUUUCCGGUUGGAGCCAAGGUGGUUAAGUCGUCAUUUUAUGUGGACGAUCUUAUAUGCGGAUCCGACUCAUUCGCUGAACUUAAACAAAUUCAGUUCGAAGUGUCGCAAGUUUUAGAAAAAGGUUGCUUCGAGCUUGCAAAGUGGCACUCGAACUGUGCUACCUUUCGUGACGAUUCUACUUUGAAAAAUCUUAGCUUUGAUGAAACAGCAGUCACAAAUGCUCUCGGCAUCACUUGGGAUCAAAGUAACGAGACAGCACCGCAUUUCGGCGGCCUUUGGGAGGCUGCGGUAAAGUCGGCUAAGGAACACCUCUACCGUACCUUAAUGAACACACGAUUAACAUACGAGGAAUUGACCACAGUACUUAUUGAGAUUGAAGCGAUUCUCAAUUCACGCCCCAUUGCACCGAUAUCAUCAGACCCCAGUAACUUCGAAGCAUUAAGUCCUGGUCAUCUUCUCAUUGGAUGCUCAUUGAAAUCACUGCCCGAACAACCCUCCAUCGGAGUGGAAAUCAAUCAAAUCGAACAGUGGCGGCGCAUCACAGUCAUCAAAGAGCGCUUCUGGCGUCGUUGGUCACUGGACUACAUUAAUGAGUUGCAGACUCGUGUCAAAUGA